UCACUAGGCAAUUACCAUACAAGGCUAUUCAAUGUUGUGUCCCGGCGAUGCGGCGCUUCGAAGCUCGAAAACGUGGUCCAGGAGUCAGGACCCCUGUACCCAAUCUGAACAUGCAUGUGGAAGAGGCCAAAUGGGGCGGGCCUACGAGAACGUAUAAAAGCCCUCUGCCCUCAGUGUAGUGUAUCGACAAAAUAGUCGCUCCUCUUACCACCAAACAUGCAGCUUCCUGUGCUCUUGAGUGCACUUGUAUCUUUCGUCAUUCUUGCUGCGGCGUCACCCACGCCAGGAGCCAUCUCAAAACUUUCCUCUAAGCGAGAGAACCUUGACAUCAGCUUUCAACGUGAUCUCCUAGGAAAGAGUAUGGAGCGUGAGCUCGCGACGGGUCUGAAUGAUUACAGCGAUUAUGAUCAGGUCGACAGGAAGCGGGAUUUUGAGGAUUACUGUUCCAGUGAUUAUAAUGAUGUCGACAAGAAGCGUUAGCUCCAGUCGAGUCUUGUUAAUUACGGUGAGCUCGACUAGGACAACAGACUACAUAAUGUUUGACCGGU